AUGGAGAGUUCAACGAUGGCUACGGCUGAUGAAGUUCUGCUGGAAACCGACGAUAGAAUGCAAAGGUCCGUCGAGGCACUCAGGCGCGAACUGAACACUAUUCGCACAGGGCGAGCCUCACCCGCCCUGAUCGAAACUCUGACGGUUGAGUACUACGGCGUCCCAACUCCAAUGAAUCAACUCGCUUCCAUAUCGGUGCCCGAAGCGCGCGUCCUGAUGAUCCAGCCGUGGGACAGGCAGUCAAUCAGGGAUGUGGAGCGCAGCAUCCUUACAUCUGACCUCGGACUGGUGCCGAACAACGACGGCACCGCCAUCAGGCUUAACAUUCCUGUUCUUACUGAGGAGCGACGCAGAGAACUUGUAAGGCUGGUUGGACGCAAGGUGGAGGAUGGACUUGUGUCCCUUCGCAAUAUUCGCCGCGACAGCCUCGGUGGAUUUCGCUCAAUGGAGAGGAACAAGGAACUGUCUCAGGACGAGAGUCGAUCUGCCCAGAACCAGUUGCAGGAAAUCACCAACGCCUUCUCCAGCCAGAUGCAAGAGAUUAAGCAGGAGAAGGAAGCAGAAGUUAUGGAGGUAUGA